AUGGCCACACUCCGAACCGCACGCGUGCUGCUGCAGUCCAGAGACUCGGUCAAAUGGCGCCCCAAAGACGCAUCAGCUUCAGUCUCCGAGCGGAACCUCGACGCCGUCGAGGCCUUCCACCUGGCCAAUGGAUUCCACAAUGUGCGCAAAGGUCGACGGCGGCUGGACAUUACGGUCGCUGUCAAGCUGCGAGUUGAUCUAGGCCUCAAUAUCGACGUCAAGCAGGCCCGCGCUGCGUGGAUUGCGCUACGACAGAGACACCCGGCUAUUGCAUCGACGAUACGAGGGUCGAAAAGGGUCCAUCGGAAGUUGGGACUGGAUCAUAUCAACAUUUGGCUGAAUCAGACGUUUGUGACGAUUGAGAGUCACGCAGAGGUCACGGCGGAGCUGCUGGAUAGCCUGCCUGCGUCGGAGACCGCGGCAAUGUACUUCUUAUCCGACUCGAAUACAUUCGCACUGCGCGUACCGCAUCAUCUCAUGGACACUUUGGGCACGGUGAUGGUUCUAAACGACUUCCUACAAGAACUCAGCGAGAUGGUCAUGGGGAAAUCAAACAGCGACGACUCACUCUGCACCGAAGAACUCGACGACCUAGCAUGCAGUCUCAAAGAAGCCGCAUCGCUCCCUUCAGCCUCAGUCUCCCAGCUCGGCCGGUUCUGGAACGUCCGGCGGCACUGGGCGCGGAGUUAUCCCUCCGUCGGCGUCAUGCCAGACCAGGAAAACCCUCAAUCGGGCCUUGCGAGCUGGAGGGACCUCGAGUAUUCGCCACUUCUGACUAGAGACUUCGUUACGAAAGCUGGCAAGCAUAAGAUGACGGUCGCGCAUGUGGUCCACGCGGGCGUGGCCUUUGCGUCAAAGGAGUACGGGCCUUUUACGCUGACGAGGAACUACAAUACCGUUCUUGUGCUUGACAUGCGUCGACCGAAGGAUCCAUCGCCGAAGAAUGCAAUUUCCCCGCAGCAUGCAAUAUGGCCCGUUACGAUCGACGUCACCACCUUUUGGCGGACGGCAGAGCAGUUGAAAAAGGCAUACCAAGACGCGGAGAGCGACCCCGACCUGCCGGCGCUGGUCGAGCCAGCCUUUGCAGAGAUCUUCCAGGACCCGCCGUCGUGUCCGACGUUCUACAGCGCGCCGAUCGUGGGGAGUUUCGGCAAGAUCGAUGAUUAUUUGGGCUCGUCGUAUGGCGGGUUUACGGUCGAGGACUUUCAUCUCUCGUCGGAAUGUUCCGGUGAGGAGAUUGUUGUUGCGGUGUGGUCGUACCAGGGCAAGUUGAGGAUUAGGCUUAUGUUUAAUGAGGGCUAUCACAGUGUGAAGAGUAUGGAGCGGUAUCUGAGUACGCUGGAGACGGUGCUUCGAGACGGUGUUGGGGUGUGGAGGUGUCGGGAGUAUUGUAUAGAAUGA